AUGAAAUCAGCCGAGGGUUACAAGCAGAAGAACGCAGGCCAGUCGUUCUCGGACUCUAGGAAUCUGCCUGAUUCGUGUUGGAAUUAUCAGAGGAAUGGUCAGUCCUCAUUCAACAGAAGCAGCAGGAAUGCGGAAACAGUGGCCGGCUACCAUUCCUCUUCGACGUACAAGGCUCCGAAAGGGUACACGAGCUCCAAGACGACGCAACUGAAGUGCAUUCCUCCUCGCAGUGGCGAGCUACCGCGCCACGGGUUGCAGAGUCACUCGAAAUUCGACAGGGACAAGCAUUAUCAUUCGAAAAUCCCGGCUAAGAGCAAAAAUCGCUAUGAAGGGUACACUGGGGAACUGAAGUACGUCGAUGACGAGGUGACGGAAGAUAAUGGGGAGGAGAUCGUGGAAGAGGAAGGUACAGAGGAUGAACCCGCGGACACAGGAGAAUUCCUGAACAAGGAGUACGAUGAGCAGGAAGCAGACGACGAAAUAGACGAGGAAUCUGACCCCUCUCCACAGAUGCACAGAGAACAGAGAGCCUGUAAGGAGGCAGAUCUGAGACAAGCACGAUGGAAGGCCAUCGACCAGCAACAAAAUCCCCGAAGACUUCGUUGCCAGCAGCAUGUCUUGGCUGUGGGCCAAGGUCAUUCGCCAACAACAAGGUUCUACCAACAUGUCGCCAAGCACGAGGUUCCCGAGCCCUUAUCAGAUGAAGACUUCGUCCCAACGUCAAUGAGACACUUAACGAGAAGGUCCGCGGAUUAUCAUCGGUGGUCACAAUCGAGAGGCGAGCCAAAUCGACACGAUGCGGCGCCGUUGCAUGCACAGAGCCGGCGAGCCCGCACGAAACCGGAUGUGAACCAACUUGUGGACACCGAAUACACCAGAACGAGGAAGUGCCAUCGUUGCGGCAGCCUGUCGAAUAGAGCGAACGUGUCGCCUUUGAGAAACGGCUGCAGAUUCAAUGAUCGCGACAGUUUUCCUACCAAGGGACCAAUCGGCGACGAACCUGAGAGCCACGAGCAGACGUUCUGCGGGCGCUGCGUGAUGCGGCACAACCCAGGAGACACGAAUGGCGUCAACGACAUGCAACCCUCCCUGUACGCGACGAAACCACGCAAAUUUCGAGACACGAAGUCCCCCGCGUUCUACCAAAUUCCCCAGCAAGAUCGGAUGGACCGUCUCGCGAGCGACUACUCGCGAUCUUCGUCGAGGUACCACAGAAAGCCGGACCACGAGAAGACGAAACGUUCCCUGCACGCUUCGUACGGUCUGCCGCACCUGUGGCCCCGAUACGAAGAGUAA